AUUAACUCAUAAUUUCUGAAUCCAUUGUGAAUUUUUGACCAAGUAGUUCCUGAAUUGUGACCGAUAGUUCCUCGUAAAAGAAUCGAAAAGCAGUCAAUUUCAUAGUUUCAUACCAUGGCUUUGCUAGUCCAACCUUAUACUCGUACUGUCAAUAAUUCUCAGCGUCAGAAACACGAUUUAAAACCCCAAUUCAACCCUAAAUCUUCUUGGCAAGAGGUGGCAGGUGUGUUAGUUUUCUCAGCAAUCCCUUUCACGGCGGUCAAGGCCAUCGCCACCAGUCCUCUCGGCGAAACCCUCCAGAAACGCCUUCUGCUACAGAAAUCGGCUGCGGUUGAAGAUUCUAUCCAGCGAAACAAGCUUGCUCAAUUGGCGCGCAAUCGCAGUCGUUGGUACGGAGGAGAACGGCCUCGAUGGCUUGGUCCAAUACAGUUUGAUUAUCCUUCACAUUUAACAGGACAAUUUCCAGGAGACUAUGGCUUUGAUCUUGCGGGUCUGGGGAAGGAUGCUGAUGCUCUGCAAAAAUAUUACAACUUUGAAAUACUCCAUGCUCGUUGGGCUAUGCUUGGGGCUCUUGGCGCUCUUAUUCCAGAAAUAUUGGAUUUCAGUGGAGCUUCUCACUUUGCUGAACCUGUCUGGUGGAGAGUUGGUUACUCAAAACUUAUGGCAAAGACACUUGACUAUCUUGGCAUUCCAGGACUCCAUGUAGCAGGCAGUCAGGGAAUAAUUGUAAUAGCCAUAUGCCAAGUCCUUCUCAUGGUCGGGCCAGAAUAUGCACGAUAUUGUGGAAUUGAAGCCUUGGAACCCCUGGGAAUCUUCUUACCUGGUGAUACUAAUUAUCCAGGAGGAGUUUUAUUUGACCCCUUAAAUCUAAGUAAAGACCCUGUUGCUUUUGAGGAGCUAAAAGUGAAGGAGAUUAAGAAUGGGCGCUUAGCGAUGGUUGCUUGGUUAGGCUUCUUUUUUCAGGCUGCUGUAACUGGUAAAGGACCCAUAGAAAACCUUGUUCAGCACAUAUCUGAUCCAUUGCACAAUAACCUGAUAUCGCUGUUUAUGUAAUUGUUGGGAGUCUCUUGAUCAUGUCCUCCUAUAUAUAUAUAUAUAUAUAUAUAUAUAUAUAUAUAUAUAUAUAUAUAUAUAUAUAUAUAUAUCUUACAGGUUACAGCUUCCUCUACCCUCUGUAUAUAUGUAUAUGUAUAUGUAAAUUACAUACUUUCUGACUCAAGUUAUAAGAGAUCAAUUGUUUUCUGCUUCAGUUCAGGCUUCUUACCUGGUAUCCCUCAUUUUGUAUAUGUUGAAUCAGAGCUUAAAUGAGCAAAUAAAGAUGAGUGUCCUUUAGCAGUUUCAACCUAUUUAUUGGUUUGGCUGCAUAAGACUAGAUUUGAACUCUAGUAAAACUCAUUCUUUGAAGAUAACCAUGAGACAUACUCGAGUUCAUGUUCCAAACUUCAAA